AUGUAUUAUAAAAUCCCUGCACAUGCAGAAAUCGAUACUUAUUUAUCUACAAAUCCAAUUUCCGAAUGGCACCUUCUCAAUGUAUAUAUGAAUUCCAAGUUAGAGUCCAACCCACUUAUGACAGCACCAGAUUUAUUUAGGUCCUUUUGUAGAUCACUGACUUUCAUCGAAAAAAACGAGAAUGACAGUUACCCCAAAUAUGUUAUGGAAUAUGCAAAAAAGCUAAGAAUGACUAUGAAGUCAAAAGCAUUGGAUGAUAUAACAAAUAAGAUUAUUCAAAAAUGUAAAAGAGGUGGUAAUGAUAAUGAUGAAAAUGAGUUUGACAAUGAUAGGACUAGGACUUCUGAUAAUGGCGAGAUUGAACCAAUGAUCCAAGAAAAUUGUGAAGAAAUAGAUACUUCUGCAAGGGGACAUAAUAAUGACUUCACAGUUUCCUCAUUUGGUGUAGUAUGGAUUAAUAAUGAUGGACACAAUUUUUCAGAUGAUUUUUGGCAAUUUCAGAGGUCAAUUAUUGAAAAGCUAAAAAUUGAUCCAGUUUUAAGUUAUGUAACCAAUAUUGAGUCCAUAAUUGCCUUAUCAAGCAUAAUGGUAUUAAGAAAGAACAAAAAACCAACUUAUGUUUUAUGUACUGACAAUGAAUGGCGAAUGGCAUUUCCACACAUUACCUAUAAAUUCAAGAUACCAGCCCUUAUCCAAGUCAUUGUAUGUUCAUAUACGCAGCCUUUAAUGAUGGGUGAUUUGGUUGGAUUUGAAGAAUUGUGGAGGUUGAACUGGAGUAAAGUGUCCUUAUUGGAAGAUCAAAAUGAUAAGAGGAUAUUUGAUUCAAUGCAGAUUAUAACACAUAAUUUCUUUUACAAUUUACCAUAUGGUAAGAAUAAGAAUUUAUCAAACAAAGACACCUAUGUUCACAGAACUUGUCAUGCAAUCUUGGAGGAAAUCUUCCAUGUUGAAACCAUGCAAAUUGUAUGGCAAAUGGAGAGAGUAUCUCAUCUAAAAUCCAAUGCUCAGAAGAUGGCAACCACAGCUUAA